AUGGUGAUCGGCGGCUCCUGUAAGAGGUGCGACUGCAACGGCAACUCCGACCCCAACCUGAUCGUCAACGAGUGCCACAACGCCACGGGCCACUGCCAGCACUGCUGGGGGAACACGGCCGGAGCCAGCUGCCAGCGCUGCGCCCACGGUUACUACGGCGACGCCAUCGGCGCCAAGGACUGCCGAGAGUGUGAGUGCAACAAAUGUGGCACCUCGUCGUGUGACGACCGGACAGGGGUGUGUCACUGCAAACCGGGAGUUACCGGACCUCUGUGUGACCAGUGUGAGGAGGGUUACUCCGGGUUCUUCAGCUGUCAGGGAUGCCGCAGAUGUGAGUGUGGGCCGGCCUCUAAGCGCCCCACCUGCCAUCCGCUCACCCACAGCUGUCCGUGCCGCCCGGGGGCCGGAGGCCGUUACUGUGAGCGCUGCCUCCCGGGAUACUGGGAUUACGGCCCCUCCGGCUGCCAGAAGUGUGACUGUGAAAGUGGCCACUGUGACAUGCAUUCAGGAGAAUGCCUGGCAGAAGCAGCAGCAGUACACCUCUGCAACAUGACCUGUGACGACUGCAUAUGGCAUCUGACUUUCGACCUGAAAAAGUCCAACCAGACGCUGGACCAGCUAAAAGUUGGAGUGCUGAACAUCUCCACUGGUGCAGCUGCUAACGACAGGCUCAAAUACUAUAACUACACAGCCCACCGACUCCAGAUGGAGUUUCAGAGGUGGAAAAAUAAGUCAUCUGUGAUGAAGGCCCAGACUGAUGACCUGGAGUGGGCCACAGAAACUAUGGUGCUGGACAUCAGAGAGCUCGCCGAAUCGGACAGCUUGUUGAGCAGUUUAGUGAAGAAGCUGGACAACGACACACUGGACACGUUCACCUCGGGUCAGCAGCUCAGCACGAAUCUGUCAGACCUCAACACACGCAUCGAAGAGAUGAUCCACGACUGGGAGCUGUACAGCGUCCAGCAGGACGUGGACCCAGAGGUGGUCAGACGGAACACCAGAGCGGCCCACCAAAUGGUGGCCUGGAUGAGACAACUGGACCUGUCCUCACAAGAGCCCGUCACCACCGAUGAGUCCACCGAGGCCCACGACUUGCUGAGACGAGUCCGUCAGUUGGAGAAAAAGCUGAUGAUUACUGAGGGCCGCCUGCCCUCCGUCAGAGAGGUGCUGUCCCGCUUUACGACCAGGCUAACGGACACUCAGGACUUUCUCCGGAAAGCGGAGAGCACCCUGCAAGAGACAGAGCGCAAGAACAGAGGCAGCAUCCUCAAAUUCCAAAGGAAUGAGGCAAAGCGGCAGAGGCUGACAGAAGACGCCUCAACUAUCAAAAGCACUCUGGAGGAAGGAACCGUGUUUAUCCACGAAAGUGGGAGAGCUUUAGCUGAGGUGGAGGCCAUGGUGCAGAAUGUGACGGGAUACCACGCUGCUAUCGAUGGCGCGGUUGAUAAGCUGAAGGAGAAGACGGAGCGCCUCUCUCUGGCUGACAGAGAUCUGGUCCAAAUGGCUGACGAGCACGCUGAGAUGAUGGAGAAGCAGGCCAACAAGCUGGAGGAGGAUUUGAAAGAGAGCGAUGCCAAUGGUUUUGUCCAGAGAGCCAUCAGUGCCGCCAACGUCUACAACAACAUUGUGAAAUACGUGGAUGAUGCCAACAUCACCUCCAUCACCACCUUUAACUUAUCUCAAAGAGCAGAGGAUGCUGUUGCUGGGAUCAACAAACAGCUCGGACACCUGGUGACACAGAGUGACAACGUUUUCAAGGAGUCUGUUUCGUUACAUUCGGAGCAAAAUGAGGUGGAACAUGGAGUGGCUGACAAGCUCAAAUACAUCGAGGAAACCCAAGAGACCAUGCAGGAAAACACCAAAAAGCUUGAGCAAUUAGUGCAGGACAUCACCAAAAUGAAAACGGACAGAACUUCGCAGCGGGUGGACUUUACCUUGAACGUGGCUGAGGGGACUCUCAACCGCUCGGCAGAAGUCCUGCAGACCAUCACUCCCAUCAGCAGCAAGGUGGAGGAAUGGGUCAAGAACAUGAGGAACAACGAAUACUCCACAUCUGCGUACGAACAAGCCGUUGAUUCUGCAGGUGAAGCAGUGGAAAACCUGAACGUGCUUGUCCCCGAGCUGUUGGACAAGCUGAAGGUGGUGGAGGACAACAAGCCGGUCAACAACGUGACCAGCAACAUCAUGAGGAUCCGAGAGCUCAUCGCUCAGGCCAGAAGCGUGGCCAAAAAAAUCCAAGUGUCCAUGAAGUUCAACGGGCAGUCUUCGGUGGAGGUUCAUCCCCACAUGAACCUGGAAGAGCUGAAGACUGUUACGUCCAUCAGCCUGUUCAUGAGGGUGGACCCAGACAAGGACCCUAUAGAGGACCGCUUCAUCUUAUACUUGGGAGACAGAAAUGGUAAAAAAGAUUACAUGGGUUUAGCCAUCAAGAAUGACAACUUGGUCUUCGUGUACAACCUUGGAGGCGAAGAUGUUGAAAUCCCUCUGAGUUCAAAGCCUGUCAGCCAAUGGCCUGCUGUCUUUAACUACAUCAAAGUAGAGAGACUGGGCAAACAUGGAAAAGUCUUCCUGACCAUCCCCAGCCAGACCUCCACUGAUGAGCAAAAGUUCAUCCAGAAGGGCAAAGCUCCAGGCACAGACUCCCUGUUUGACAUCGACCCCAAAGAUAUAGUAUUCUUUGUGGGCGGCGUCCCACCGGAUGUCAGGCUGCCACCUCCUCUGAGUCUGGCUCCGUUUGUGGGCUGUAUCGAGCUGGCUUCACUCAACAACGACGUGAUCAGUCUCUACAAUUUCAAAGAGACCCACAAAAUAGAUAUAGUCACAUCGCCACCAUGCUCCAGGUACAAGUUGGCCUUUUCUCAGAGUCGCAUCACCAGCUACCUGUUUGAUGGGACAGGCUACGCGCUCAUCAAUAACAUUGAGAGGAGAGGGAAGUUUGGUGUGGUCAUCAGAUUUGACAUUUCACUGCGAACUGUUGCAAAUGAUGGAGUCGUUUUUCUUAUGGUUAAUGGGGAUAAAUUCUUCCUUUUGGACAUAAAAAAUGGCUUCCUCCGUCUAAUGUAUGACUUUGGCUUCAGCAACGGACCAAACGUUUUUGAAAGUAACCUUGCAAAGCUUAAAAUAAAUGACGCACGAUACCACGAGGUGUCGCUAAUAUACCAUCAGUCAAAGAAGGUUAUCCUGCUGGUGGACAAGAGCCAUGUAAAGUCUAUGGAAAACCCUAAAGCCACAUUGCCCUUCUCAGAUAUCUAUAUAGGUGGGGCUCCAUCAGGUGUCCUCAAAUCCAGACCGGAGCUGUCCACCGUUAUCGGUUUGAAAGGCUGCUUGAAAGGAUUCCAGUUCCAGAAAAAAGACUUCAACCUACUAGAGGAGCCUGGCACCAUCGGCAUCAGCAGUGGCUGCCCCGAGGAGUUCUUUAUGUCCCGUAAAGCCUAUUUCGCUGGAGAGAGUUACCUGGGAUCCACAGCAAAGAUUUCACCGUUUGACAACUUUGAAGGAGGUCUGAACUUCAGAACAUUGCAGCCCACUGGACUCCUUUUCUACCACAGCGAAGGGUCCGAAGAGUUCAGCAUAUCCCUGGACAACGGAGCCGUGGUGUUGAACAGCAGAGGCACGAAGAUCAAGUCAAACAAGAAGCAGUACAAUGAUGGAAGGAAUCACUUCUUAGUUGCUUCGGUAAAUAAACAGAAGUAUUCGCUGCUGGUGGAUGACAGAGAUAAGCAGGAAAAGAAGCGUCCACAGUCCAGUUCCUCAUCAGUUGCCGGCGUGAAGACCUUCUACUACGGGGGGUCCCCCAGCGGCAGCUUUAGGAACUUCACGGGCUGCAUCAGCUAUGCCUACAUCAUCAGACAAGACCGGGACAUUGAGGCCGAGGACUUUCAGAAAUACACAGAGAGGGUCAACACUUCUCUGCAGGACUGUCCCAUACAGAUACCCCCCGCAGCACUUCAGUCUAGGCACCGGGACAGGACUUCCCGAGCCAAACCCAUUGAUUCCCAGAAGGGCACCGGGGAAGGGUCCAGCCUCCUCCCAGACCGGACAGAAGCGGACGAUGAUGGUCACCAACCAGCAGAGUCAAACACACAGUCCUGCUACCUCUCGUCAAGUCCAAGAGCAGCACACCAGGCCUUCCACUACAGCGGCGUUGUGAACAGCAGGCAACACUACACACAAGUCCCCAACUCUCUUUCUGAGAGGCACCACUUCUCCUUGUCCCUGAAAACCCUAUCACCCUUUGGCCUCAUAUUCUAUGCAUCCGAUGCCCAAGACGACAACUUUAUCGCUCUCUUCCUGGCCCACGGAAAACUUGUGUAUUCUUUUAACGUGGCGGGCCAAAAAGUUAAAAUCAAGAGCGAGGACAGAUACAAUGAUGGUGCAUGGCACAAUAUUAUUAUUACACGUGAUGGAAGCAUGGGAAAGAUGAUCAUCGAUGGGCUCAAAGUGCUGGAGGACAGAGCUGAGGAAGACAGCUUCUCCUGGCACACCAGCACACCCAUCUUCAUCGGAGGAGUUCCUCCAGGGAGAGGCCAAAAGAACAUUCAGGUACCAGUCCAAAUAUGGCAAAGGGCAAAAACCAUGGAUGAAACCCAGAGCUAA